GCGAUAAAAUGGUUUCACUGCACAGUGAGGAUGACACUAAGCCAGCUGGAGGCAUUCUUAGCCUUGGAUCCUGAGGUGCCCAACAAUGUGCCACGCGCAAAGAAAAAUUGCGGCGUUCCUCCAGAGGGCGCAUGGCGGCGGUAAAGGUAUAUGGGCACAAUGGUCCUCGCCACAGACACUACUGAAUGAUGGAAUGAAACCUGAGGAAAAGAGGUUCACGUCAUGGGCAGACAAAGCGAACCUUGUCUUCAGAUAGGAAAUACGACAACCGUCUCAAAUGACUUGUUACUACUCCGUACAAGUACGAGUACAU